AUGCAAUUGCAGCAGAGAAUCGCUAGGGAAAUAUUUUUCAAGACAAAGACACGAAUUAGACUUAAGAUUUGUGCUUACACUUCGCCUCUCCUUGCGACUGUCCGAGAUUCUAAACGUCACGUUGUUCUGCCGUCGUCGGUGAGGGCUGCAGUCAGAGCCAUCGUCAGUUACGUUUCGAACCGGCGCCCACGCACAGCGGCUGCGAGCGACGAAACUGAAGUUCCUCGACGACUAAGUGGUGUGCAGGGGGCGAGACGCGUGCGGCGACAGCAACUAAGUGUGCGUGAUGCGUGCUGCGAAGUGGACGCCCUCCUCGAUUCUAGCCGAACCAGGAAUUGGGCGACUACCGCCUCCAAAGCCGGGGCUGAACUCAACGGUGUCGAGCUGAGCAACGAGUCAUCGCCCUCGCCCUCGCCCCUUAGUUUCGUUCAAAUGACGAAUUACCUUGCAGCCAUAGUCGAUUCGGUUUUUGGUGAGUGCCCGUAA